AUGAGCGGUUUCGUGUUCCCUGUCGAGUCCGUCACCUCUCAUUCGGAAACGCCAUACUCUCAUCUUCACGCAUUCAGCAACGGCGACGACAUUCCAAUUGAUCCUGCCCUCAGUACGCCCCAGGUUGAUUCUAUGCUGUUGGAACAGGGAAGCAGCAGUAAUAAAGAGCAGGAUCCCAUCCCUCUCGCAUACGUUCAUCAGCAUACCAGUCCCCCUCAAAGACAGUAUUCCCAAGGCCCUCAGGGUGAUCCCUUCGCACCACAGCUACCUCAAUACUUACCAAUUAAGGAGCCAACGCCACCGCCUACUAAGCCGAUCAAGAAGAAGCGGGCUCCUCGUCGGGAAGAGGAAUGUGGGCUUUGUCAGGGUGACAACUCCAGAAACAAGGUAGGGGAGCCAGAGUUAAUGGUAAGCUGCGCAGAGUGCGGGCGCAGCGGACAUCCUAGCUGCUUGAAACUGGUCGAGAUGAGUGAGACCAUUCGUUUAUAUCCUUGGAUAUGUUCGGAAUGCAAGAAUUGCGAAAUUUGUCGCAAGAAGGAAGGGGAGAAUAGGAUGAUUAUGUGCGAUUUCUGUGACAGAGGUUGGCACAUGGAUUGUCUCCAGCCGCCUCUUGUAGAGAUGCCACCCGGAAGAUGGCAUUGUCCUAUAUGUCCACCUAUACCACCUGAGCUUCCACAAACAGUGCUCCCUACACAGGCGGGUCAUCAAUUCGAAGCACUAGGAUCUACGGAAACACUCAUGUUUGAUGCACCCUCGGCGGAAUAUCGCACCAAGCUCCCGCCUGAACACCUCACGUCCUAUCGAGCUCCUUCUGUUGCUUCCUCGUCUCGAACAAAUGAUGACACGAUUUCCGAAGCUAUCACUGGUGAUGAAGAACCAGAGAUGGGUAUUGAUGGCGGGACUACUGCAAUGCUGAGGGGUCACAGGGGAAAGAAGAAACAUCGUUCUAAGGGGAAGAUGCCAACACGAGACGGCUCGGGAUGUCAUAACCACGAUGUUCAGGCUCCCAGACCCGGCAAACGGAUGCGCCUUCGCUUGUCAUCUCCUGCUCCCCCCUCGUCUCCCCCUUCACCCUUUAAAUCUGUCCCCGUCAUCCGGCUCCGGUUACCCCCUCGAGACAAAGGGAAAGGGCGCGAAGAAGACCCGGAGGAGGUCGCGAGAGGCAUGUUUGACGAUAUACUGACUUCGGAGGACAGGGACACGUCGGCAACAACCAUAACCAAUGGUGACAAGCAACGGUUUGAGAAGUGUCGUGUCGCUGCCGAGGAAAAGCUUGCUUCUCGUCCAACGCCUUUCGAGGUCUUUGAGACGGCGGGUGCUGGUCCAUCGACAAGACCAUCUUUGCGCUCGGCCGCACACCAGCAAACUGCACCUGCGGUACCGCUCACACCUGACCGGUCCGAAUCCCUGCCUCGAUCGACACCUGAUACUUAUUCGCAUAAAACACCCAAUGGUCCACGAAUAAAGCGGAUUCGAUUUGGAGAAUACGAUAUUGAGACGUGGUUCGAUGCGCCUUUUCCUGAAGAGUACGCCAGUAUACCUGACGGGCGUCUAUGGUACUGUGAAUUUUGUCUGAAAUAUAUGAGGAGUCAAUUUCUUGCGGGUCGCCAUCAGCUGAAAUGCAAGAUGAGACAUCCCCCCGGAGACGAGAUUUACCGCGACGCCUCAAUAUCAAUAUUCGAGGUAGACGGGCGCAAGAACAAAAUCUAUUGCCAAAAUUUGUGCUUACUUUCCAAGAUGUUUCUGGAUCACAAAUCACUGUUUUACGAUGUGGAGCCCUUUCUAUUCUAUGUCAUCACUGAAUUCGACGACAUGGGCGCACGCUUUGUUGGAUAUUUUAGCAAAGAGAAGCAAAGCCCCAAGGACUACAACGUUAGUUGCAUUAUGACACUUCCGGUUCGGCAGCGACAAGGGUGGGGCCAGUUACUCAUCGACUUUAGUUAUCUACUGUCUAGGAAAGAACAAAGACCCGGGUCGCCCGAAAAACCCCUAUCUCCCCUUGGCGCACUGGGAUACAAAAGUUAUUGGACGUUUGCACUCAUGAGAUACUUCAGGACGUCCCCGCCUUAUCCACGCUUGGAAGAUAUCAGUGCGGCCACUGCAAUGACUAUUGAAGAUAUUCAUUGUACACUUACACAGCUUCAGAUGAUUCAAGUGGAUGACAGUGCGCACCGUCCCAAACCGCUACCCGGUCAGGCUAUCAGGGUUCCCAAAGGCCGUAAAAAUGGAGUUGCUAGGAGACAUUUGCAACGUACACAGACACAUGACGACGAGAAAGUCAAAGGUCCUUUCGUACCACCCACGAAGUAUGACAUUCGCUGGGAUGCCGAGGAGGUAGAGCAGUACAUGACUCGAUGGGAGGCAAAAAAUUAUCUCACGCUCAAGCCUGAGAAAUUGAAAUGGAGUCCAUUCAUCCUAGCAAGAACGAGAAAGUCGGAGCAGCUACCCUCAGGCACAACGGAGGACGGCAAGUCAGCUAGCCAGCCCCCCGAUCCGGCCUCACCUGGAUCGGAAUUUCCUUCAGCGCCCACUACGCCUGCAGCCCCGAAGACCGGGCCAUCUAACCCGACACCGACUGGGGGCAUCAUCGCCACAAAGCUUCCGGCGUUUUCGCUCUUCGAUGACGAUAACGUCCUCAAUGCGUCGUCUUCUCACGAGCCAUCCAAGGAUCAACCAGAGGCAGCGGCAGUCAGCACCGCGGAGGUUACUUCUGGAUUGCCCCUGCCAUCGACGCCGGAACCGACCCCUGGACAAGGGUCGCUGGUCGGGGAACCGGAGCCGAUCGGAGAAGUUCUUCCGCUGAACACGCAACGAGCAGAAGAUAUUGCGCAGUUAGAGCAGGACCGGGCACUCGCACAGCAGCUGGAGAAAGACUUCUCUGCGGAAUCCAGACGCCAACUGCGCAGUAGAGGCUCGCCUCCAAACACGCGAAAGACCUCUGGUGAUGACCCGUCGGCCUUACGCAAGCCACGACCCAUACCCAGUCGCCGGGCUUCCGAGCGGAUAGCAGUAGACAUCGUGGCGAAGCCCAAUGGGAUGAAUUUCGGAAGCCCAGGAGCUAGCGACGCAAGCAGAUUCGUGCAGGAGGAAGACCGAGUGCGGCAGCUAAGAUCUAGGUCUAAUCCAGUGCUGGAUGCAACCAAAAGGACAGCGUCGACACAACGGUCUAGUUCGCCACGCAAGCGCCGACGAGUAGAUUCCCUAUCUCCUGAGAUUGAGAAGGUCCAGACGCCACCUCUGACCGUGCGGCGGGCACCGCGUAGAACAACCAGCGAGGCCCCUAUACCUACUACGCCUAGAGCGGUGAGAAUGCAACGACGGUCUUCGCGGCUGAACGGUAGUGUAGUUGCGGAUGUUGAUUCCCCCUUCCCUCAUGUUCGCUCGCGUGUAUCAGGUGCGCCUGCAGCUGACGACCCUUCGGCGCCUGAGAGACUUGAAGAUGACGAGCGUUUGAAUGCCGAGGAUCCAAGUCUGCAUGACGACGUUCAAGAGAUGCCGCACAGGGCGAACACACCUGCGACGAGGACACCUGGCGAGAACACGCAGUAUGAAGACACCGGUACGCCGCAGACGGCGCUUACAAGCCGACAUAGCGUGCCCAGCGAAGACACAGUUUUCGUGCCAGAAGAUGCGCUCGCUGAUUCGGAAAAGAUAUCCCCGGGUGUAAUCGCAACGCAGCUCCUACCCGAGAGUGAACCGGGUGCGCAGCGGAUGGACGGAGAUGAUUCGAUGGAAGUAGGAGAGAUCGAUGAAGAUGCGGACGGAGAGGAUGAUGCAGAUGGAGAGGAUGAUGCGGAUGCAGAUGCAGAAGGAGAGUCAGACAUGGGAGGAGAGUAA